CUGAACUAAUAAUUGUCUUGCGGUCGAGACACCACCACAAGUAUUUCACUGCUGAAGUCAGCUGCGGUGGAAAUGAGCCUCCCUCCCCUGAUUUGGCCCAUAGCAAUGAUCUCUCAACUGCCGUCAUCACAGAAAUUAAUGGAGAAACGGAUCCCCUCCCACGCAUUAGCAUGAAAUCAAGCACCCGAUCUUGGAAAGAAUCUGCUAGCAGACCAGCGGACCGCCUGGCGCGGUGUUUUAGAGCACUUUGCUGCAAGGGACCGCCACCACCACGACCUGAGUAUGACUUGGUUUGCAUAGGCCUCUCUGGUUCUGGCAAGACAAGUCUUCUGUCUCAGCUCUGCAGUGAAAACCCGGAGAAUAUUGUGUCUACCACAGGUUUUAGUAUAAAAGCAGUGCCAUUCCAGAAUGCAAUUUUGAACAUAAAAGAACUUGGAGGAGCUGAUAAUAUCAGGAAAUACUGGAGUCGUUACUACCAAGGAUCCCAAGGGGUAAUAUUUGUACUAGACAGCGCCUCCUCUGAAGAUGAUCUAGAAACUGCUAGGAAUGAGCUGCAUUCUGCUCUUCAGCACCCACAGUUAUGUACUUUGCCGUUUUUAAUACUGGCCAAUCACCAAGACAAGCCAGCAGCUCGCUCAGUACAAGAGAUAAAAAAAUAUUUUGAACUUGAGCCACUUGCACGUGGAAAGCGCUGGAUUCUUAAACCCUGCUCCUUGGAUGAUAUGGAGGCAGUAAAAGACAGCUUCUCCCUUCUAAUAAACUUGCUGGAAGAGAGAGACUUCGAACCUUCAAGAAUGUGAAAGCCAAGAGAAAGAAGAGGUUCCCACGCAUCGCUGUACCUGCUCACUGUCACAGCUUAAUUACAGUGUAGUAUCAAGGCUGAGCUGUGAUAUGUUGUUCAUACAGAGUUAAUGCAGAAUGUCCUUUGGUUAAAAUAAAUGUUCUGUGAAUCAGGUACACAGCUAUUUCCAGUAAAGUUGUCUACACUACUGAAGUAGAAAGUUCCUCUUUGUUUACCACUAUUUCUGCACACUGCAUGUUGCUUUCUUGCACUGCGAUCAUCCUUGGUAGAAAAAUUUACACGCACAAAAAUAACAUAGUCCAUAAAGGAUGAAUUCCACGUGUUACCUUGAAUUUUAAAAAUAAGUAAUGUUUCUAAAGAAUUUAUGAGUAUAAUUUAGCUCAUUUAUUAACCUCACAUUAUGGAAAAGCACAGCCACUGAGAACCUUAAUAGGAUACCUAAAACGCAAGCAGUUUCAUGUUAAUGCAAAGGCUAUUCCUGAAGUUUUACUAAGUGAAAACACAGCUGAAGUAGUGGACUCCACAAGGUAGUUGAGUCUCUUCUAAAGUCACUGCAAAACCCUGCCAGAGGCAGUAUGGUAUUUUGCUGGAAGUUUGCUGAAAAAUAAAUUAACAAACAGGUAUGCACAGAUAACAGUACUUGGGGAAAUGAGCUGAUAUAAACAGGUGAUCUAAGUAAAAAGAUUUUUAGAAAUAUAUUAAAGAUUUUAGAAACAGAAGUUGAAUAAAGUAAUAAUUUUCAUUGAAAGUAGUUUUCCAUAAGAAAAGCAGAGCAAAUAUCUGUUAGUUCAUCUGUGGAGGCUUUAUUGCUAGUUAAAAGUAUAAGUAAUUUUAAAUACUUCCUUUAUCACUCAUUUGUAGACUACUAUUGUUAUUGUAACAUUGCCAAGGCAUCUAUCCAGUAAUUAAGGGUCUUCCAGUGUUUGUACUAUAAGCUUCUCUUUUCAAGGGGAUUAUAUCUUCUUUCAAACUUCCUCUGGGCUAAUUGUUACUGAGAAGACGAAAAAGUAGUCAUUGGAAACAACAUUUGCAAUACAUUUAGAAAAAGUUCAUUUGGGUCACGUAACACAGUCCACUUUUCCUCUUUCUGUGUUUUCCCCACUGUAGAUUUGCAGUAUUUUGGCUACCUUUUGUUGAUUUUUAAAAAACUCAUAAACUGAUGUUGUCCACUGAAGAAACGUGCCAGGCCACUGGUUCACAGUGACAACAGAGUAUGUGCAGAUCAGUCACUGGACUGGUGCACCCCUUGAAUGCUGUGCCUUGUGCAUGAGUGUCUGCAAACACAAACUCGAGUGAGGUGUCAUUAGUUCCUCAUCAACUCUGCUUCUGUCUUGAAACACACAAUGCCUUGUUUUUGGGGCUUUAAGCAACAUUUCUUUCCACUCUGAGCAUUUAUCUUCUGUUUUAAGUUUAUUGUAGUUUCUUACUAGUUUAUUUGGGGAUAAGAAAAUAGUAAACAUCAGCUUUUGAAGGCUCAUAAAAGCCAUUUCUCUAUUAAUCGUAAUUUUGCUCUUUGUUAAACAAAAUGUCUCUCAUAGGUAUUUUAGUUUACUUUUCAAUUUCCAUGAAUUUCUUGCAUUGCUCCCACUGUUGUAACUGCUUCCUUUUGUCAAAAAGAAGCUGGGAAAACUGGUAAACUCCUUGUUUAAUUUUGAGAUGGAAUAGGCAGGAAGCCUGAAGGGCAUGUCUUGCUUUGUUUUAUGUUCUCUUUCCUGUCAGGUCAAUCGUCUCACUGUUAAUACUCUUGGAAAUAACCAAGAACUGGAAUUGUUCUUAUUAAAGUGCAGAGGAGCCCUGCUUUGAUUCAAUUCUCUUUGCACACUUUAGUCAGGACCAGCUGCCCAUCAGUUUCUCUUGUGAGGGCUAAGGAGGUUCCCUUCCCUGGAUUUAAAGAGGAACUGGAUCUAAUUUACAUUUCCAAACUCUCUUGUUGCUGACAUGAGCUUAAAGGCUACAGAGUCCCCAGAUUUCCACAAGGUCCCCAGAUUUCUGUUUUAUUUAGGCAUGAUGAAAAAUAAGCAGGGAGGAGGAGUAGGAACAUUAUUUCCCAGACAAGGCAGGCAGUUUUGGGAGGCAAAAUGAGGGAUUCCAAGAUUUUAAUGCUUUUUCAUUGGCCACUAGUUAGAAGACGUGAAAUAACUUUUUUUUUUUUUUUUUUUUUUUUUUUUUUUUUUUUUUUUUUUAUUAUUAUUAUUCCCUCCUGCUUUUGUUUAGUUAUGGACCAAAAGGUACAGGAAAUGAAAAUAAGCCCAACUCUAUUGCAUUCUUGAAACUGGACUAUUUCUAUCAUCAGUGAGUUUGUUUGGUCAAAAAACUUUAGUGGCUCUAACUUUUGGUCAUGAUCUCCCAGCUAUGCACUGUUUGAAGGUGCUACAUAAGUUACAUGGAAAUGCCCAAGAAGUCCUUGAUAAUGUGGUUUUGGAGAAUGCCAGUGGCCAUUUAGACUAGGACCUUUUGAUACUUCAAUGUUUUUUCUUUAGGCACAUGUCAACUGCACAGAAGCAGUAAUUUUAAUUUUCAGAAUUAUAAUUAUUUUGAGUAUGCUUUUUCUUACUAAUAUAGUGAUCAUUCCUCAUCACAUGUUGGAACAAUACCUCAUAACUGCUGAAGGCUAAGACCAACACUUUACUUUGAAUGUAGUACUUCUGUGGUUUUGUGUUGUAGAUGGACUUAAUGGAUGUGUACCUUUUAAAUGUCUAUAAACAACUUCACCUUUUUAUGAGGGGAUAACAAUGUUCAUAGCAGCUCAUGUCACACUUCUUUGUCUGUAGUGUUAUUGAAUGCUCUGGCUAUGGUAGAAUAUGUAAGCACCAUGCAGUUUUCAGAUAACCAAUCUUAACUGCUUUGGUUUUUUGUUUGUUUGUUUUAAUCUUUUCACAUGUGUUUGUCAUUUAGGUGGAAUAUACUUGGGCACUAGGCUCUUCUUUUCAUGCAAGUUCAUUAAGGAGUGAACAUUGUCUUUUUAAAAAAAGAUAUUGUGCUUUAAUGUUCUUUAGCCAUCUGUUAAAUUACUCUGUGUGUGUGUGUGCCCACACUGGGCUUCUUCUCAGACCUGUGGCUGUCUGUGGUGUCUCAGCCGUCAGAAUGAAAACAUUAUCAAUCAGUAUCCAACAACAGCUGGUUUUGACAACCUUCUGUCUGCUGCCUAAUGCUUUACAACUCAUCAGUAAGGCUUCUUUGUCUGCCCACUCUGAGCUGGUAAUUUUAACUGCUUCAUGUUGUGUACUGUACUUGUACUUUUAGCAUUUGUAUGGCUUAAAAGUUAAGUCUUAGUGGGUUUUGGUAUUCUUUCUUGCUGUAUAAUGCUCCAUGUGUAUCUUAGCUUGCCUACUCAAAUGCGCUAUACAAAAAUCUGUGAUGUGUUAUUUCGUUUAACUUCUUGCAUUUCAUUAUAUUUAUAGAAGUUGCAGAUUUUUGUACCGUAUUACUUAAUACAGUUGCCUUUUUGUAAUGGCAAUUAAUUUAUAUUACAAAAGUUUGUAUCUUACUGUAGUCGAAAGUAUUAGUUAACUGCCAUAUUAUCUUGACUUUAUACUAAAAAUACAGUAUCAACAGAAGUUGACCCAAUCAAGUGGUCAACUGCUGACAUGGGGAACUUGUACUGUUUGUGAUUUAUACAUGAUUUCCACUAUCAAAAAAAAAAAAAAAAAAAAGAAAGAAAGAAAAAGAAAAUAAAA